AACUGAGGUUUAUUAUACUACACUAAUUGUAAAUGUACAACACUUUAAUAAUAUAUUUAUGGUUUAAAAUGUGUUUAGAAAGGUUUUCCUGAAACAACAACCUUGGAUGAACUUGAAGAAUUUUUCGAAGACAAAGGAAAGGUUUGGCUUUUUCAAUAUUUUCAUACUCGCAUGUGAUUGACAAUGAGAUGUGAUUGACAUGUACUGUAAAUAAAUGCCAUUGAAUGAUCAGAAAAAACAGUAGAGAAACAUCUAAUUGACCUGCGAACAGACAGACGAAAAGACAAACAGAUACUUGUGUAAACAUUCAAUUGACAUGUGAACAAAUGUACAAACAAACAAGUAAAUAAUUAAAUAUGUACUGUAAUUAACCAUUUGCGUAAUAGACUAAAUUUUGAACUAAACACGUCUAGACAAAAAUUUCAUCACAGCUUGAAGGAGCAUCACAAAAUUAGUAAUAUUCCAAAGUUUCGUCGCAAAAUGUUGUAAAAUGCGGAAAAUAUAGCCUUGCGAAAUUUGCAAUUUUCAGUCAUUUUAGAUUACAAACGGGAAAUUGACAGCCCCAAACCCUUCGAGGCUGUCGAUCUCCGGUUUGUAAUCUAAAAUGACUGAAAAUUGCAAAUUUCGCAAGGCUAUAUUUUCCGCAUUUUACAACAUUUUGCAACGAAACUUUGGAAUAUUACUAAUUUUGUGAUGCUCUUUCAAGCCGUAAUGAAUUUUUUGUUGAGAUCAAAAUUUAGUCUAUUACGCAAAUGGUCAAUUGACACAUGUGAACAGGUGAUCAAUGUAAUGGGACACAGAGAAGUGUAUAAACAACAGAGCUUGAAUUUCCUCUCAAGCAACGGUAAUCACAGUAGUAGCCGUAGUUUGAGAAUGAAAUGCUGUUGAUCUCUGGACAACAGCAGGAAUUGUUAUUUGUUUGCUCUAGUGUAAAUUUGGGGGAAUUGGUGUUAUUAGUAGACAGAUAGACAUUUAGUAGUCUUUAGAAAUGAUGAGACAUUUCUUUCUUCAAUUUUCCCCCUUUUGGAACAUGCUUGACAAGCGGCUGCAUUGCAGAAGAAACACAUGACAAAAAUCGGGAAGUAAUUUAAUUCCUGAUCUAACAGAAAUCUAAGAAAAUUGUAUCACCACAAAGUGGAGCCCUGUUUUCUGUAGCAUUGAUGAAAUGAUGUUUCUCAAAUUCAUUAAUAAUUCAUGAGCAAUUCAGCCAAUGAUAAUCACCUAUUUGAUCACAAGAUGCCAUUUGGAUAACCCGGUGAAACUUGACGAAAGUCACUAGUGUUUUCAUCAAAAUCUUAAUUACGCAUGCAAAAUUACUUGAAUAGAAUUCCUAAUUACGUUAUGCUUGGUUAAGAAUUCUAUUCAAAUCAGCAAACGAAAACAUUCUAUUACGUCUCGAUUCAUUUGCGAAGCCACAUAAACAACUCGAGCUCAUGUCUCACCGGGAUAUCCAAACACUCGAAAACAAUGUAUGAAAACACUCGCUCUUCGCGCUCGUGUUUUCAUACAUUGUUUUCUUGUGUUUGGAUAUCCCGAUGAAACACUCGCUCUCGUUGUUCAUAUAUUACAUCAAAUAUGAAAUGCCACAAAAGCAAAUAGAACCCCUGCUACACAGGCUAGUUUGCAUGAUAAACAUGUAAGAACAUAGAAUGUGAUUAUUGAAGCUACUGUACAAUACUUUUAAUUAAAUUGUUUCUUAACUAUUAAUCAAGUGUGUAAAUAUCAAGAUGAGAAAAACUCUUGGUGAGAUCAGAACAUUCAAAGGAUCAGUUUUUGUUGAGUUUGAAACUAAAGAAGAAGCGGAUGCAUUUGUUGCAAGAAAAGAUCUCAAAUUUAAAGAAAACGAGCUCACUUGCAUGACAAGGUAAAUUAUUCCAUGGUUCAAAUUAGGUUGCAACUUGCAAGUUAAUAUUUGCAAUUUGGAUUUCAAUUAUAGCAAAAGGGAAACUUAAUAUUUUUGUAAACAACUCUGUUGAUAUAAUAUGGAGUAUUGUGCUGGUUACUAUUUUUCUGUUAAUACGAAGCAGCUGCUAUUUUUAAAAUAAAAAUUUUCCUUGAAAUUUUCAUUACUAGUAAUUUAAGAAAAUUUGUGAAUACAGUUUUUUCCAGAGUAUGUGAUCACAAAUUUUCUUAAAUUAAUGAAAAUUUCAAGGAAAAUUUUAUUUUAUAUGCUACUAUGCAGUUUUAUUUUAUAUGCUAAUUUUAUUUUUAUAUGCUACUGCAAUAAAAUAAAAUUUUAUUUUACAUGCUAUGUGAUAGCUGCAGUAGGAAGUAAUGGAGCGAUGCUAAUAACCUCCAAAGUCUAAAGGGCUAACUCCAAACCAAAAUAUAUACACUUGAGUAACUUGUGUAUAAUUCAAAUCUGAGUUGAAAUAUGAAUUAUGGAGUUACUGGCAAACUCAAAAAAUCAUUUGGAGUUGUAGGUAUAACUCCAAAAAUUAUUUAGGAGCUACUGUAAAUAUCUAAGCAUGCAGUAACUUGGUUACUCCAAAAAUCAUUUGGAGCUAGGUAUAACUUCAAAAAUUAUUUAGGAGUUAGGUAGCUAAGCCUGGAGCUACUGACCAACUCCAAAAAUUAUUUGGAACUAAGAUCAAUAAGCCUGGUGUUACUGACUAUAGUGACUAACUCCAAAAUAAUUUUGUUCUCAUUAAGAGGCUAAAUGUUGAUCUUCAUUUUCGUACCCCGCCUUGACCCUCGUCAUGCUUUGUUGACCGUGUGUAAGACGGACUCUGGGUAUGAAACUAAAACGCCAAUGAAUACCUUCUAGUCUGUUUUGUGCAACUCUUUUCUGCUGUUUGAGGACGUAAAACUGUGAAUAAAUGAAUUUAACCUAAUUACAGAUAGUCUGAUUAACCCAUUGGCAUUGAGUGGCAGCACUCUCCCCUUGAUGAUCGUCAAAUCAUCUGGCACAUCAUUCAAUUAUUAAAAUGUUAUGUAUUUUGUCCUUUAUGUAGAGAUGAGUACUUAAAAAGCAAAAGGGGGAAUAGAAACAGUGGAAUGAACACAUCAUCGUAAGCAUGUACAUGUAUUACUGUAUACUGUUGUCAACAGUUAACUCACACUUCAUAUAAUUUAUUCACAAUGUUAAUGUUUACAGUCUGAACAUUUGCUCCUUGCAAAAGACCUCCAAUAUUAAUUUGUGACUGGCUUUUUUUAUAGUCAAUACACACAUUUAGUAAUUGUUGAUUCAUUUGUCAGAAACCGUUUUAUUGUCGUUGUAUACUGUAGCUAUGAUGUUACAAAGCGAUAGCAUGGCAUUAUGGUUGAUUAGUGAUGAAAUGAGCCUCGAGAGGUUUAGUACAGUAACUUUACUAAACCUCUUUCGGCUUUCGGGACAUUUAAUCACUAAUCUGUUGUCACAAUUAUUGCUUUUUGAAAUGUUUAUGUGUUGACACUCGUAGCCAUUGAUGACUAAUGUCAAGCCAAAAAAAAUUGAAAAGCUGUAUUUCCGGCCUGUACAUUAUCUACAGUACUUUAAUUUGAAACCAAAACCAGAGAAUAUUUUGGGUUUACUCUAAUUUAGAUAAUUCAACUGUGAACAACUCUAUUUAAGUUUUUUACCUGAUCCUUAGAACUGAUGAAGAUAAAACAGCAGUUAAAAAAGAGUCGCAAAAGGUAAUAAUGAAUGCCAGGAUGAAAUAUUAUGAUUAUGCAGGUCUUUAAAUUUAAAAUUGUUUUUCGGUAUCCUCCUUCCAAAGAAAGUAUCCCACUUGUGGAUACUGGUUUGCAGGGCUCGAAAUAGCGGGCUGCCAAUGGCCAAAAGCAGGCCAUAUUUUAGAAAUGGCAGGUAAAAACAAAUUUGAACUGCCAAAGUUAAAAAAAAAUGGCAGGUGAAAUUCUAUAGAUGUAUAGUUUCAUUUCAUUUGCUUACCACAACUCAUAUAUACAAGAUCAUUUAGUCGACUAAGCACAUUUAUAUUUGAAAUGUAAAUCCAAGUGUACUGUAGUAAAAUAGACAAGUUUAAUUAAAAAUACUAAAAAUGCAUGAAAACAUUGAUUUUUACAAUGUGACUCAUAUGAGACAUCUCCAUUUUGGCAGUUCACUUGCCAAAACAUUUUAGACUGGCAGGCCAUAUUUUUUCUCUACUUCGAGCCCUGUGGUUUGCAUUAGUAAUAGUCUGAGCCAUUUAAAUAUAAAAUAUCUGUACAUGAGGUGUCUUUCAUGGAAUUGAAAAACUACAAGGAUCGAAACGUAAUUGGCAAGCUUCAGUGGUGUAGUCGUCACAGCGAGCUCUUUUCACCUCAGAGUCAAUCAACGCUCUGCCACAGAGGAGAGACAUACAGAGUUGUAACUAGUGUACCCACUUUUAUUUUGUGCGCAUGCUCGGCAAGUUACUAGAUGCAUGCAUCUGAUUGGAUGACGACCUGAUGACGACUCACUUUAAUUAAACUUUCUGAGCAUGCGCAGUUGAUCUUUUUUGCCCGGUCACCUGAAAAAAAGUGGGUACAUGAAAACGUAAGCUUCUGCAGUGUUUACGACGGUCAGUUACAGCUCUGUAUGUCUCUACUCUGUGGCUCUGCCGAAAGUAAUGGGUUUUCUCCAGGUGCUGUGGUUUCCUCUCACAGGAGAAGUUGACAGGGUGGGUUAGGAUAAACACCGUUAAGAAAAGUGGUAUCACAAUUGUUGUAAAUAUAAAAUAGUCUAGGGUAAGUAAAGUAAUAAUUAGGUAAGCGAUUGGGUGAGGGUAAUACUUGAUGUAAAGCACAACUGAUCAUGUCUGCAUGUAUGGUAAGUUCGGGCUUAUGUAGAAAUGUUAAUUGUCGUCGUAGUAGAUGGUAUUAAAGAUGAAUCAAAAUAAUUUUUAAAAAUUUCCCAUAGGGUGAUGAAUAUCCAAAAGGACGUGUUAUUCAUUUCAGUGGAGCAGGAGAUCAAACUUCACGCGAGGACAUCAAGGUACUGUACAGUCUUGAUUUUUAAUAUGUUCACAAACAAUGACAAAAUGUUGAAGGUAAUACGGUAUGGUACGUACAUGCUAACAUAUAAACACUUUCUCAAACCAGGAAAUCUUUGGUGUUGAAGGCUGUACAGUGAAAUGGGUCACCUUCAGCAAAGGCGAUAAAGAGGUAUUGUACAGUGUAGCAUACUUGUAUACAGGGUUUUUUUAUACUAUUCACUGUGCAUUACUAUUUUGAUACUUGAAUUCAGAUGCUGAUUAAAUCAUGCAUAAAUUACUAUUUUAGUCUCAGUUUUCUUAAAAAAAACCCACUAAAAUAAAUAAACACUGAAAUACAUAAACAUGUUUCUAGCUUGUCAACAACCCAAAGUAACAAUAAACUUAACUUUUUAUUAAUUUGAAAAAAUGCCGUGGAAACUGCCAAAAUUGCCGUAGACAGCUGUUACGUUCUACGGCAAUUUUUAAUGCCAUUGCCGUCGAUUGAUUUCAGGGAAAUUCGAGGCCUGCCUGUAUAUUAUAUUUUUGGAGGUAAACAUCUUCAAUCAAGCUGUGUCUUGUUAUAUUCCUUGUUAUACAGUACCAUUAAACCCGCAAUGUGCCCAAAUACACCUGACUUUAUUAUUUUAGCCUGUAUUAGGACUGUUCGGUGUACCGAUAUACCGAAAAUAUCGGUAUUAAAUAUCGAUACCGGAUAUUCAACCAUACCGAUGUACCGAAAUUUCCGAUAUACCGGAAUUUUUCGAUAUACCGUGUUAAAUUUACCAACUAUAUGGUGAAACCAUAACCUUUAUUUUACUACUGAAUGGCAAUUCAAAUAACUCUCCAGCGCAAUGAUUUAGAAUUUCCACUUCAGUGAGAUUUUACACUGAGUAUGUAUCGUUCGAAACAUGUUCGAAACAGCUUCGAAAUGAUCGUUUUCCCUUUUAGAUUUACUCAAAAUUUCCUUCAGGAAAACCGGUAUACCGAUAAUAUCGGUAUAAUUUUUUCGGUAUACCGAUACCGGAAAUUUCUCAUACCGAACAUUCCUAGCCUGUAUAAUGCUAGACAAUUUUUGCCCAUCAAGGGAAUAGGCGAGCACUGCUCGCAGGAAAUGUUAAACAGCUGCAGGAAAUUUGUUUGAAUGAAGAUUUGCUAUUGAAAAUGUGAAAGAAACUUUAACACCCUUGUCCCACUAUGGCUGCAACAACAUAUUUGGUCAGCUGGAACACUACAGUAUGUGUUUGUGCAGAUGCAGGUCGAGCACAAAAACACUCUGUUAGUCUGCAGGAAAUUUUUUUCUGCCCUGGUCUUGUGCAUUAACGUUGGAAUAUUUUAGGGGUUUGUUCGUUUUACGAAUGACGGUGGUGCAGAGAAAUCAAUGAAAGCUGUGCUUGAGAAAAAUGAUAAUAAACUGAAAUUGCGUGGUGAAGAAACAACAUUACGUGUGAUUGAAGGUACAUUAAUACAGAAAUUGUUUGUGUAUUGUAGGGUGUUUUAUUACAAUAUAUUUUAUUGAAGCAGGGUGUUAGCCAGGCGGCCGUCCGACCGUCCUAUGGACGGCCACUUUUGAAUUUGGACGGCUAAAUUUUAAUGGACGGCCUAAGAGAAUAUUUUCUUUAAAUAGCAACCUACAAGCUUUGUAACAUUUCUUGAAUACUUCGCGCCAUAUUUUUGUAAAACGCGCCAUGUUUUUUGUAACUAUUUUGAUGAUUCUCGCAUGAAGUAUCAGGGAGAAUAAUGUGAAACCGCUGUUUGACAGCAAUCGUUUUAUCGCUCGAGCGCCACGUUACAGUUACGGUAGCCUGCAUGGCAGGCCUCCCUAAUUUUCGCUGCCUGUAGAAAUACCGCCUGCCGCGCAGGCUACAGUUACGGUAGUGAUCGUACCAUACGUGUGCUUUUACUAAUUUAAUGACGGAAAUGUGCAUCUAAAAGUAAAAAAGUUUAACGAAUAAAACACCACAAUUCCUCAACAACAGAAAAUUGCGGCCACACCCAAAACAUGUAACCAAGCUGACAAAAAUAUGUUGCCACGCGCCCACGCCCACAAAAUUAUUUUGGACGGCCACUUUUGAAAUCCUGGCUAACACCCUGUAUUGAAGAUGUUCUUUCUAUAAUUUUUCUUGGUAUUAAUAUAGAAUAUGAUUUUUUUAAAUGUUAAGGGGAUGAGGAAAAGGAUUAUUGGAAAAAGACAAGGGAAGACAUGGAAAAUUUUCAUAAAAAUAAAAAAGGUCUGAAAUUUGUUCUGUUGUUUUAUGUUAUUUUGCAUUAUUGUCAAUUUCAGGUUAUACUUUUCAAAACGUGAUUACCAGUAGUGGCGAACACUGGGGGAGGGGGCAGGGGGGACGUCCGCCAAUAGUUUUGAAAGACCUAUAAAACUCUGGUAUCAAAUAUCACAAUUCACAAGCAUUGUUUUAUAGCGUAAUUGUCAUAUUUAAUGAUGACUAUUAAAUAUAACUUAAGUUUAAGUUAGCUAUACACAUGUUGCAAGCAACAUCUGAUUCUGUCCGAUGCAUUCAAAGGAUGCCACAACAUAUGUAUUUUAUACAAUCCAUUUUGUUCUGCCUAGGAUUCUUUGCAGCUCUAUUCGAUAAAAAAUUUUAAACCAUUAGAAUGGAUAGUUAUAACUGUACAUUAAACAACAGCGUCAAUCAGUAUGGUUAAUUGAUUAUCUUAGAAAAAGUAUCUAAUGUCAGUCAAAUAAUAAUAAUAAUAAUGGUUUAUUACAUUCACUAAGUAGCUUGAUAAGCUAAAAUACAGUGAUGUUUACAGUGAUAGAACUUAAAUGGCACAUUCAUUUCAUCAAGUGAUCAGUGUUCUUGUGCCUCCCCCUACUAAAGUACCAUUGUACUGAACAUAAAUUUGUAAUUUGCAGUGUUUUACUAAUAUAGCCAACAAAUUAAAUGUAUUUCUGAAGAUUUAGAAACGUAACUGAGCAACAAACUUGUGAACUGUGCUUUAAUUGAACAAUAAUGUAAUGUUUUAUACUGCAUAAUAAUUCACAUGUAAAUAUGUAAUGUGUCAGUGUUGUGUUUUAUAACAUGUCUGUAUAUUACAGGAGGAAAGAAGCCAUAUCGUGGCAAUAUGAAAAGAGGAAGACAAGACAACAAGACAAAAGAAGAACCACCUGUUAAACAAGCUAAAUCAGAUACUCAGCAAUAAAAUGGCAGCGUUUUAUGACUCACAGUCAAUGUAUGUUGUACAGUAUAUGUGUUGUGUGAAGUUUUAAGUAAUGUGAAAUAAUUAAUGCAGCUUAGGAAAUAUUACAACAUACUACAGUGAUGUAUGUAGAGUAGCGAUAUAUACAGUACAUGUGAGGGUUCGAAUUAACAGAUAAGUGUGCAAUGUGCAAUUUGCACAUCGUUUUGGACCAAAUGGUGAAAAUUGCAUAUCACUUUUCUAAACGAUCAUCCAUCCACAUUUAUAGACUCAAAGUCAAUCUAGCUGUUGUCUUAUAAUUUAUAAACAAGUUAACAAGACUAGUGCUUUUGCAUGCACACUUGCAUGUCCGUUUGCAGACUGGAAGGUGUCUAGAAGGUGUCAAAUUUUAGCCACCAUGACAGUCACAAGACUGAUUAAUGUUAUGUGUUAGGUUUGUAUAUCAGAGAUGGCAAACAAUGUUUAAAAAGUAUUCAAAUCAUUGAAUUAUCGCAGUUUGAUUGAGUAGAUGUUUGACUGAGUAGCUAGCUGUAAGACAAUGAUCAUGAACCUAUUUUAUAAAAAUUUAGAGCCACAUUUUUAAAAAAAAAGUUGCACAUCAUUUUUCCUCAACUAAUUCGAACCCUGCUGAUGUUGUGUGAGGUUUUGUACAGCAAUGCAAUUUUGUUGUCACAAAUGAAUAUAAACUUACAUUUAUUCCAUGUAUUUUAGUAUUUUACACUAAUUUUAACAAAUUAAUAUUACAUUUUGUAGUUAUUCCACAGUCUAAUAGCCCUCAUUAGAAAAUGUUAUAGAUUUAUAUGCUGGAAAAUAGUUCUUAAGAAUUUCUGUUGAGAUUGAAUGAUCAGCUCGGCCAAAACCCUGAAAUUUAAGAAACACAGAAAAUUACGCAGUGAAAGUAACUUUGA